UCAGAUACGCGGCAGGCAUUUCACCUCCUGGUUUGAUGGACCUUCCUUGAUAAAAGGGAUGGUUAUCUGUAGAGUAUGCGCAAUUAUGCCCAAACGCUGCUCGAUUAUAUUGUUGGUAGCUAUCCUGUUGCCAGCAGUUUGUAAUGCUGCCACACAGUGUACGAAUAAUGCAAUGGAAAGUGACAAUGCUACAGCCGUACUCAAUCUAGUAAACGCUGCCAGAGAGAAGUUGGCUGGAGGUAGCCAAAACAAUGGAAAAGAUAAAGAUCCUCUGCCAAAAGCAGGAGAUAUCAAUAAACUGGAGUGGGACUGUGAUCUAGAAGCUAAUUUACAAGUUGAUAUCGACGCUUUCGAUUGCAAGGGAAACACUUUCAUACCAGCAGUACAAGUCACGACAUUUUACGUAUAUGAUAAUAUAUACCACGGUGAUUAUGAUGGUACAAAUUAUGGAGACACACCCGUGUUGACAAAUUUGGUGAAAACUUAUCUCGACCAAAUCGACAGUGUCGGUUCAGAAGCUUUUGUCGUUGUGGAUGAACAGGUCGUAACUUCCAACGACUCGAACAUAUUUAAUGCUGUGGAGCAGUACGCUGAAUUGAUGCGAGCGGAUGCAACAAAACUUGCUUGCUCUCAUAAGCAAUGCCCAUCUGCAGCCGAUAGACCGGAACUGUAUGUGUAUGUGUGCUGCACUGACAAAGAGGCAUUCAAGGAAGGCGAAUACAAUGUGCUCUACAAUAUUUACCAGUCCACCACAAGCACACCUUGUCCUACAGCUCCAACAACUCCAUGCCCAACGUAUCCUACCACACCGUGUCCGACUUAUCCACCAGCGAGAGCGAAACGGGAAGCGAACAUCGCAAACGAGGAUGUAUUCCGAAAGAAAGCAAAGCUACCCAAAGCCCCGCCAGGUGAUAAUACCAUUUGUUCCGACAAUGAAGGCAUGACAGAUCCGCUAAGAACGCUUUUCCUCAAUUUGCAUAAUUAUCGCAGGGCUAAACUAGCUCUGGGAGAAGUUUUCGGUUAUGGUGAUAAGCGUCUACCACCGGCUAAAAAUAUGUUGAAAUUGAACUACGCUUGUAAAUUGGAAGCGUCUGCUCUGCAAUAUGCUGCUGAUUGUCCAUCAGUGAGAUCUACAGAGUUUGCUAGGCCAAAUCAAGGAGAAAACUUUUUGCGUCUAGCAAAAGAUGGAUUUCCAAGCUUCACAGAUGCAGUCAACAUGACUGUUUAUAAUUGGUGGAAUGUUGUCAAUGAUACUCCUGGCAUUGACAAUACUGCAAAGCUUAAAACUCGUCAUCUUCGCUCGCCUAUAACAUCGUUUAUUCAAAUGGCAUGGGCAACGACUAGGUAUUUGGGCUGUUCCGUAGCUGACUGUAAAUCAUACUAUGUCACCGUUUGCAGAUACUCACCAAAGGGAAAUAUCGCUGGAGAGAUUGCUUAUAAGCCUGGCCAUACUUGCACGGAAUGCAAGAGUGGAACAACAUGCGAAGAAGAAUUGGGGCUAUCAGAAGUCGCAGAAUUCUUUUCGAGACCCGAUGGCAAGGCUCACAGUGAUUGGUGGUGUAUGCUCAACUUCAACCAGAAUGAAUCUUCUUCAUUGCUGAAUCUUUUGGGUCAGUUUAAACAACCAAUCACCAUUAAGUUGGCUAAAAGAUAA